AUUUAGAACUCAAAACUGUUCAGUUAAUGUAAGUCUUCAAAAACUCUCAAUUAAAAAUGUGUACAGAUUUUUACAAUUUUUCCAUCGAUUGUAGCUUUUAUCUCCUGAUUUGUUAUUUCUGAAUUUAUGAAGCAAAAGCACCAAAUUGCAUAAAAAAAUAUUCUCCAAAAAUCCGCUAUAGUCGGGAUUCAAUCGUUUCCUUUGAACUUUGCAAGUGAAACUUUUAGUCAAACUGAUGAAAAAGUGGAGUAUUUUAUUGGAAACAAUUUGUAGAUUUAUAAAUCAUAUGAAUAUGCGCAAAUUUAUAGACGCUCACGUCGGGUCACCUAAAGAAGAGACACUCUGUAUAAAGAAAAAUUAGUUUUUUACACACAAAUACAUUUUUUAUGGAACAUUUCCUUGUAAAGCGUCUUUUGCUAUGUUGAUGUUAAUUGAAAGCUGGCAGAGAAUUUUAGUAUACAUAUUUGAGUUAAUAAUUUAAACAUUUUAAAUUUUUAUCAAUCGAAUAAGGGUUUUUUCGGGAAAAUUUCGAUUCGAUUCAUCGCAAACUUCCUUGCCACGGCGGCCUGAAAGUCGAAAAAAUCACCAGGUUUAUUUUAAAAUUAACUCUAAAACUCAAUUUCAAUUUUCUGCUAAAAAAUCUACUAACACACUUUGGGCGGUUCUCUGUUCUUAUGCCAUUCAAUAAAUGUUUCUUUAUUGAUGUAGUAUCAACAAACCUUCGGUUAUUACGUGAUGACCUCACGGAGUAAAAUAAUUAUAAAAUAAAAUUAAUUAUUGCUGAUGCAACAGUAAAUAUUUUAUUAAAUUUCACGAUCAUGCACAAACGCAUCGUGGUUAUAUUCAUAUUUUUAAAUCGCUCCAAUUAACCACGACUGCGAAUAAUGGAAAUUAUACGAAAAGUUUUGCGACUGUGCCUUUUCGGGUUGGUUGUAAGUGAAUGUGCAGGAAACUUAGAGAAACCUAAACUGCCAUCGUUCCUGAAAAUUUGCCCAAAGUCUGACCCCAACAUUAAACAAUGCCUAAUCGACUCAAUAGAACAAUUGCGGCCACUUAUGGCCGAAGGUAUUCCCGAUUUCGGAAUACCAAGUUGUGAGCCCUUAAUUAUUCCCGAAGUGGUCAUCGAUCAGGGAAAUGGGCCAGUAGCUGUUAAAUCCACCUAUAAAGACAUUGAGGUGUUUGGAGCAUCGCAAUUUUUAAUCAAAAAUAUCAAGAUUGACUUGGAAAAAGAUAGAGUAAAAAUCAAGAUUUUCAUUCCAAAGAUGCAAAUUAACACCAAUUAUUCGAUGCAAGGGCAGAUUUUGCUGAUGCCCAUCCGGGGAUCGGGAUUAAGUUUUGGAAAUUACACAAACAUUGACGCAACAAUAAGCAUGAAAGCUGAGCGAAUUAACAAAAGCGCAGAAAUAUAUUACAAUAUCAAAGACUGUUAUAUCGAUUUUAAUAUCGGGCAUGCUAAAUUGAAGUUUGAAAAUCUUUUUAAUGGGAAUCAAGAACUUGGAGAUGGAAUGAAUUUGUUUUUGAACGAUAAUUGGAAAACGGUGGCAGAUGAAAUCAAACCGGUGGUCGAAGAGCAAUUGGCGGGUAUUUUCAAAAGGUUUUCAAAUAAAAUAUUCCACAAAUACCCUCUUAGCAUGCUGUUUCCUGAAUAGUUUCCGUAGAUCAAUUAAAAAUAAACGAAUUUUUAUAUAAAAAUAUUCCUUGAAAAAUAAAUUAAAAAAUUUUCUGUUUA